AUGCUGACAAUUGUCCCAAAGGAAAUUUUGGGCCAAAUCAUUAAGCUGCUGUCUCGGCAUGACAUGUAUCAGCUCGUGUGCACUUGCAACUAUAUGUACCUGAUGACUCUGCCCUCCCUCUAUAGUUAUUUGGAGCUUGGAUACCAUGUUUACGUUCGCCAGCUGCGACAUGGUGUCAAAACAAAUCUCUUUCUAAGAAACACGAUUGGUAGCUAUACAAAGCACCUCGAGUUGAGAUCUCGGCAAAACAAGAAUUGCUGGAGGGUAGACGACUUGACGCAGAUCCUAAGCACUUUGUCUCGAGUGGAAACCUUGUCGUUUACUGACUUCCAUGCCCUCUCUACAGAAACCAUCCUCAACGUAGUUGCUUCACUACCAAGUUUAAAGCACAUUGAAUUUAAAUAUUGCCAUAUCUUGUCUAGGCCAUUGAUCCAGCACAGGUUUGCCUCCAACGACGCACCAUCAGCGAGCAACCCCUUGCCAGCCAUUUACAGCCUAUCCUACAUCUGGACUGAUUUCACUAAGAGAGCAAUUGCGCCUUGCUUAUUUCCACAGAUAACAAACCUUGAGCUUGGAUCGAAUCGAAACAAGUACGAAUCAGUAAACGGACUCAUGGUGAAUUUGGUCACACACCACUGCCCAAACAUUACUCAUCUGACUAUCGCAUUGCCACAAGUAGACGAACCCAUUUUAUGUGAUACAAUAGCACACUAUGGCGCACAGCUACAGCAACUAUCUAUCAAAUGCGUCGGCUAUCGUACACUUUUGGCAAUUUCCGCUCAAGCAUUGAACUUACAAAAGCUUGCACUACGUGUAACAUCCGAACCACAGGAAGAAGAGGACAUCAGUCCAUAUAUGACCCAGAUAAUUACAGCAUGCAAACGUCUUGAAAGCUUUGAAAUAGCAUCUACACAGCUGGAUCAACAUGUUCCCAACAAAAUUUGGGAAGCAAUCAUUGCUGGUAGAAACGUGGAUCUCACAAACGCAUCUCAGAAAAGGCAAUCAAGAGCACAAUUUGCUCUCAUGGUAAGACAGAAGAACCAAAUGGCAAAAAACGACUCAAAAUCAGGAAUGGCAAGUCGGCAGAGGCUCCCUCUUAGAAGAAAUAGCGUCUGGUUUGAUACUGUCUCUGAAGAAGUCUUGGAACAACGUUAUCAUUACAACAAUUCAAUCAGUGGAAGAUAUCAACACCGGCGCAAUAAUUUUGAGCAACUACAGCUUACUCGUUCAGAGUGCAUGGCGAUAAGAGACUCUACAUUGAAUGCUUGA